UCCCUUAACCAUCAAAACCCCAUAAUAUAUAAAUGUCCUUAUCUUAAUUCAUAUACCAUAAAGUUUGUGUAUGGUUUAAAGUUGGGCAAAGAAAGAAUAACAACGCAUCUUGAUUUAGAAAUGGGGAAUAGCUUGGGAGGGAAAAAGAUGACCAAAGUGAUGAAAAUAAACGGGGAAACAAUGAAGUUGAAGACCCCAGUGAGAGCAGAGCAAGUGGUGAAAGAUUAUCCAGGGCAUGUACUGUUAGAAUCCGAAGCCGUUAAGCAUUUCGGGAUUCGAGCAAAGCCAUUGCAGUCGCAUCAAAACUUGGAGCCCAAGAGGCUUUACUUCUUGGUAGAGUUGCCAGAGGCUCCCAAAGAGAGAGUUCCGAGAAGGGUCCGGUCGGGAAUAAACAUGAGUGCUAAAGACAGGCUGGAAAGCUUGAUGCUAUCGAGGAGAUCCGUGUCGGAUCUUACACUCAUGAAACCCAUAAUUGCGAUCCCCGAGGAGGAGAAUGAAGAGGAAGGAGGAGGGUCGGAGAGUGGAGCAAUGAGGGUAAAAAUGAGGCUUCCCAAGUCCCAAGUUGAGAGAUUGAUCAAAGAAAGUCUAAAUGAGAGAGAGGCAGCAGAGAAAAUCAUGCAACUUUGUGUGGCAAACACCGGGAACAGCUCACGUGCUGAAGCUGAUAAGCAGCCGCAACUGCAUUGGAAAGCCAGCCAUGGAAGCAUCGGAGAUGGUUUCAAGGCUCGUGAGAAACGGGUGAGUUUCAUGGCAAUGAAUGAAGGAGGGAGCCAAAUAGCAGUGACAUCUUAAAGGCAUGAAAUAUGAGGUGCAGAGACCUCCCUUGCCUUCCAACUUAAUUUCACUACACCUCUGCUUACAUUUCAAACCAUCACUUGUGUUUUUCUUCUCUCUUUUUUGUGUACAUACAACAAAUUUAGCUUUGAAGCUUUAGGGUUUUCAUCGAAGAGCUUAGAGUACCGAGAGAUGUAACCUUUUCCUCGGAUGAUUAUAUGAAAAUCUUUCGCAUUCUAUCUA